GUAUAUAUGAGGCAUGAUUGAUCGACGUAUCUCACACACAACUGUGUGAGUAUGCCAUUAUAUUGUUGUGACAGUCCAAUAAUCACCGAAUUUGACGAACACACCCAAAUAAUUAACUUCCAUGGCUGUAAAAAACUUGUGCUCAUGCUCAAGCAGCAGAGCUCAUCAUCAUCAGCAGCUUCUCCUUCUCUUCGUCUUCUCCUUGUUGGCCCUCUCACUGCUGCAUGUCCCUUACCAAGCCAAUUCUCUCUCCUUCAGCUACACCUUCUUCAACCCGGAUGACUUCAGGCCGGAGGACGACGCACGCGUAUUCGAUGGCAGGAUCGAGCUGCUCGGCGACGAGUUCGCCGGGCGCGCCAGGGGGCGGGCGUGGCACAGGCAGCCGGUGCAGCUCUGGGACAGCACCACCGGCGAGGCUGCCAGCUUCACCGCCAACUUCAGCUUCAGCAUCCAGUCCGUCCCUGGCAAGGGCGGCGCCGCAAGCGCCGGGCACGGCAUGGCGUUCUUCCUCGCACCGUACACGCCGGACCUGCCGCAGGAGUCCUACGACGGCUGCCUCGGCCUCUUCGACGAGAGCGAGGCGCCUAGCUACGCCAGCUUCAACGCCUCCGGCGACUCCAGGUUCGUCGCCGUCGAGUUCGACAUCCACAAGGACAUCUGGGACGCCAGCAGCCACCACAUCGGCGUCGACGUCAACAACGUCGACUCCCGCGGCGACUACACGGUGUUGCCCGACGGCAGCCUCGUCGACGCCGGCGAGAUGUUCGCCACCGUCGUCUACGACAACGGCACGCGCAGCCUCGACGUCACCCUGAUGAUGGUCGGAAUCGGAAGCGGCGCCACUUACACGUCCGCAGCCACCGUGGACUUGAGAAGCUUGCUGCCGGAGCAAGUCGCGGUUGGCUUCUCGGCGGCGACAGGCGACGAGCACGCCGCAAACCACACGGUGCUCUCGUUCUCGUUCCGCUCGACGUUGGCAACCAAGAACAGCACCUCCAUCGCUGUGACCACCAAGAAGUCGACGACGACCCUGCAACUCGGCGCCGGAGUGGCCGCCGCUGGUUUGCUGGUACUCCUGCUCGUCGUCGUCGCCGUGGCGGUGUUACUAGUCCGGCGUUCAAGGAGAAGGGGCAAGCAACGAUACGACGAGGAGAAGCUAACGACGGACGGCGACGACGACGACUCCCUGGACGUGGUCGAUGAUAGGGACUUCGAGUCCAGCACGGGGCCCCGACCGAUCCCGUACGCGCAACUGGCGGCGGCGACGAAGGAGUUCGCGGCGGAGGGGAAGCUGGGGCAGGGCGGGUCGGGGUCGGUGUACCGCGGCCACCUGAAGGAAUCCGGCCUGGAUGUCGCCAUCAAGGUGUUCGCUCGGGGGGCGUCCAUGGAGGGAAGGAAGGAGUACAGGUCCGAGGUCACCGUCAUCAGCCGGCUGCGGCAUCGGAACCUGGUGCAGCUCAUCGGCUGGUGCCAUGGCCGGAGGCGGCUCAUGCUGGUCUACGAACUGGUCAGCAAUGGCAGCCUCGAUGGCCACCUCUACAGCACGGAGGUGACACUGACAUGGCCGACGAGAUACCAGAUAAUUCUUGGAUUGUCUUCCGCCGUGUUGUACCUCCACCAAGAGUGGGACCAGUGCGUCGUCCAUGGCGACAUCAAGCCGAGCAACAUCAUGCUGGACGAGUCUUUCAACGCCAAGCUCGGCGACUUCGGGCUGGCGCGGCUCAUCGACCACGGCAUGAGCCUGCAGACCAUGACUGCCGUCGCUGGCACGCCAGGGUACCUGGACCCGGAGUGCGUCAUCACCGGCAAGGCCUCCCCGGAGUCCGACGUCUACAGCUUCGGCAUCGUGCUGCUUGAGGUCGCCUGCGGGCGCCGGCCGAUGGCGCCGCCUACUAGCGUCGCCGGCGGCGAGGGGAAGCUGCAGGACGGACAGGUGUUCCGCCUGGUGGAGUGGGCUUGGGACAUGCACGGCCGAGGCGGCGCUCUGGACGCCGCCGACGAGCGGCUUGGUGGAGCCUUUGACCCGUGGGAGAUGGAGCGGGUGGUCGCCGUCGGGCUCUGGUGCGCGCACCCUGACCCAAAAAUGCGACCGGGGAUCCGGCAGGCCGCCGAGGCGCUGCGGUCGAGGAAGUUCAGGAUGCCGCUGCUGCCGCCCAAGAUGCCGGUCGCCGUGUACCUGCAGCCGUUCGGUGCCUCCACCAUGCAGUUCAGCGACACCACCACCACCUCCGUCGGGUCUUCUGUUACCAUGCCAUGCACUUCGACGACGAGCCGUGCGACGGGGACGUCUAGCUCCAGCUCGCCGCCGGCGGUCACUCAACACUUCAGCCCAAGAGCAUAGACAAUGAUUAAGUAAAUCAUAGGGAGUAUGGUAUGUGUGUAGUGCAGUAAUUUUGUUAAAGCAAAUCAAAUAGACUACUUAACUGCUAGCCCUUCAUUUCAAAAUUACAGUGUAUUUUUUUAAGAAGUUAUGUGCACUUAUUGCAUCAGAGGUUACUGCUAGCUUUAAAAAUUAAAAUAUGAUGCUGAUUUAUUGUGAUCAA